CUGAAACCGCAGCGAUGGGCACAAGCCGCGGCUUUGGCCGCACGCAGCACCUGGCCCGGGGGACCAGGCUUCGCACGCCGCAGCGGCCUUGAGCUCUCCCGGGCCCCCUGGGAUGCAGCCCGGGAGUGCCGGAGCCCAGCCCCGGCUAAGCAGCCGAGCGAGGGGGGGUUUCUUCAAUGUCACGGUGGACUUGGGCUACUGCAGGCAUCUGCCAGGAGCUCCUGCCUGCCGCGGCAGCGCCGCUUUGUCCAGGGAGCGCCCAGCUCCUGCCCACCACAAAGUUUCUGGCCGCCGCUUUCUUCCUUUGCAGGCGCGAUUGCCGCAGAGCAGUAAGAGCCGCUGGAAGGAGGGCAGAGCUGGAAGGGGAGCGGUAUUGCAGCAGGUAGGGCUGGGCGCUAGGACCGCGGAGAAUCCUCCCGGCAGCAAUCAGGACUACCUUAAACCCAGCCCAAUGCCUCUUCCUGCGCCACUCUGCGUGCUGGAUGGAGACCCACAGUCAAGAGCUGCAGCUCAGUGCUGGAGUACAACAUUGCACAGCGAGCCCUGCAGAAGCAACACCUGUUUCGAGCCAGCCAAGACAGACACAAGCACUUGUACGGUUCUGCUUUGCUUGUGGAUCGCCAAUAAUCCUAAGCCAAUGGACAUCUGCGGAGCCUCCUGAGGAUUCUGGAUAAUAGAUUUGGACGUCAAAAGUUUUUUUUUUUUUUUUCUUUUUGGAUUUAUUUCAGCCAACAACGUGAGAUCCCCCACCCCCCUUUGCAGGAUUCAUGCUGAUGUAUGCAGUCUGUUAUAGAGUAAAAACAGCGCAUGCCUUUCUGGAGUCAGAAUCCAUAAAUCCUGACGUAGCCUGUGCAUCUUAAAAAAAAUCCCUAUAACGCCUAGGUAUUUAAGUUGCUAUGGUCAUUCUUGUCUUAAACCAAAUGGAGAAACUACGGAUUUUUUUCCUUAUUACAGUUGGAUGGGCUGAAGACCUUGCUGCUUGCUAAGAGCUGGGGAUCUAUACAUAUAGCGAGAUACACAUAUAGAUGUUUAUACAUAUGUCAGUGUGUGAGUAGAAAGUGGUGGUUUCUUAGACUAACUGGUUUGACCUUGAACCUGUGCCACUCCAACCAGAAUAUUACUUUUAUUUAUGCAUUUAAUGGAUUGAAGAAAGAACAUUUUCUCUGUAACCGCAGUAGGGAGGGGAGUGGAGUGGAUAUACCUAAUCUUGUAUCUCCUGGGUUUGGCACCAUCAUUAUUGUUUGCUCUUAUUCUCUAAAAGCAGAAUCUUCUGAUGGCUCCCUUAGGUGAAGUUGGGAACUAUUUCGGUGUGCAGGAUGCAGUAGCCUUUGGGAAUGUGCCUGUUUUGCCGGUGGAUAGUCCGGUUUUGUUAAGUGACCACCUGGGUCAGUCCGAGGCAGGUGGGCUACCCAGGGGGCCUGCAGUCACGGACUUGGACCAUUUAAAGGGGAUCCUCAGGCGGAGGCAGCUCUACUGCAGGACUGGAUUUCAUUUAGAAAUCUUCCCCAAUGGUACUAUCCAGGGAACGAGGCAAGACCACAGCAGAUUUGGUAUACUGGAAUUUAUCAGUAUAGCAGUGGGCCUGGUCAGCAUUCGAGGGGUUGACAGUGGACUCUACCUUGGAAUGAAUGAGAAAGGGGAAUUGUAUGGCUCGGAAAAAUUAACCCAGGAGUGUGUAUUCAGAGAGCAUUUUGAAGAGAACUGGUAUAACACGUAUUCAUCAAAUCUAUAUAAACAUGUGGACACUGGAAGACGAUAUUAUGUUGCAUUAAAUAAAGAUGGGACUCCAAGAGAGGGGACUAGGACUAAACGGCAUCAAAAAUUUACACAUUUUUUACCUAGACCAGUGGACCCUGAGAAAGUACCUGAACUAUAUAAGGAUAUUUUAAGCCAAAGUUGACAAAGACAAUUCCUUCACUUGAGCCCUUAAAAAGUAACCACUAUAAAGGUUUCAUGCGGUGGGUUCUUAUUGAUUAGCUGUGUCAUCACAUCAGCUCCACUGUUGCCAAACUUUGUCGCAUGCAUAAUGUAUGAUGGAGGCUUGGAUGGAACAUGCUGAUUUUGUUCUGCACUUAAAGGUUUGUCCUCCUGGAGGAGAGCCUAUGCCCACUCGCUUGAUUUAUUACGAGAGAGAGUGUGUGAGAGUGAGAGAUUGAGUGAAAGAGAAAGAGAAAGAGAAGCAAAAGCAAGAAGGAAAAAGGCCUGAUGCAUGCUGGGAAAUAGACAUGCUUUUAAAUUUUUGAUCAGUUGUACUUCGUCAUAUAUCAGCAUAGCUGCCAUACUUUGAUUCAUCAGGAUUUUUGGCUGGUGGCCUGCUCAAGUGUACGCUGCAUUUACAAAGGCAUGGAGGGUGCAGUCUUACUUAAACAAGAGACUUUUCAGUUAAUUGCUCCCUGGGCAGCAUCCCAGUGAGUUUAAAGCAAAGACCUCUUAGUAAAAAAAUAAAAGGUUAAAUUUAUUUAUAGAAAUUCCAAAGGCAACAUUUUAUUUAUUUUAUAUAUUUAUUUAUUAUAUAGAGUUUAUUUUUAAUGAAAUAUGUACAGGCCAGAUAGGCAUUUUGGAAGCUUUAGGCUCUGUAAGCAUUAAAAUGGCAAAGGCCACUAUGAACCUGUGGUAAAUUCAUGCAAGUAAAUAUAAAGGUGCAUGGAUACAAAAAAUCCUAGUGACCCUAAUGUACUAAAGGCAACAAUCUAUUUUGUGCCCAUAUUAUUGUAAAAAUAUGCACACCACUCAUGACACUGAGUAUUCACUCCUCUGACUGCUUGUUCCAUAGCUUAUCCCCAGAGGAUUAAAGAUAAAACUGGGUCUUCAAAUUUAUUCUGUGUCUGUAAUAUUUCCUCUCUGAUAAAAAGUGACUUAUUCCAUCAUUGUAAACUUCACAGUUCUGGAAAAUAUAGGGGGUGGAAUAUAUUUUACUUGUUAAAACCUACUGCAGAUUAUACCAAAGCUAAAUGAUAAACAUGCUUUUUUAAGCAGAAUGCCAGAGACAAGCUAAGUAAUGUCAGCAAUUGUACUAAUUAAAAUGCUCACAAAUAGCACAUAAUGGUUUAAAAGGACAAGAACAAGAUAAAGAGGAUCACUUUUGAAAACAUGUUUAUUUGUGCACUUGACUAUCUACUAUGAAUUAUACAAGUUCCAUAGGGGUCAUUGUAACAUCUUUUAUGAAAUUUGCUUUCAGUGUGAACUGUCAUAAUACUUGAUAUUAGCAUCCUUCUUAAAGUAAAACUUGCAAAAUGAAACUAAUAAAUCUCUAUUAAUAAUGA